AUGCCAGGAAAAAGGGCAGCAGACAUGCUGGCAAAUUUCAAAUCCAGUCUAGAUCCAUCAAGCGGCCAUUCCGGGAGCUCUUUGCUUGCUGAUAUAAGAGAAGGAGCUGAACGUUUAGCAAAUGAAGUUGAUGAAUACCUUGAAAGCACAAACCAUUCAAGUAUCAAUCGAAGGAAGGAAUCAAAUCCUCUAUCGGACGAGGGAAUUGCUGACUUACAGCUGGUGACAGCUCGAAAGCUUCGAGAGCUCCUACCCCAAAGCAGAGAUCUGCUCAACAAAGCGCAAGAAAGGAACUGGAUACCUCUGCUGUUGAAUUGGCUAAAUCUCCAUGACAGACCAGCCGUACAAGUAGAAUCACUGCUGGCGUUAACCAGUAUCGCUGAACUAUGCGCCCAGCAGUCGUACUAUCAGCAUACACAAGCACAAUCUAGUGCAGUGGCUGCGGCCGCACAAGCAGCUGCGGCAGCUGUCAAAGGAUCAUCAAGCUCGGCAUCCUCAUUGUAUUCGCUGGGAAAUAACUCCGGACAGAAAAACAGUACACCAGCAACAUAUCCGUAUCCACCUUUAGUCGCUCCCACGCCAGGUGAAAGUGUGCCUUUCCCCCCUCUUUCCUUCUCUCAGACUCUUUCUCCAGAAGCCAUCGCAGCAUUUGAUGCAAGUCUAACAUCUACGAUACAGAACAGUCGCGUGUUUGAAAAGGGUAAAGGAAACAAGAGCUCCUUCUCUUUGCCUUCUGCAGCCUUGUUCGAGUCACCAGACCGACUGCCUGCUUCUGCCUGGACCCCUCCAACCGGAGGGAUAAACUUUAUUUCUCUGGCUCCACCUCCGGGACGCGUGCACCAUGCAGUUCCAAGUAAUGCUUUUCUUCCUCCUCCAACUCCUGUACCGGGUCCAAUUGGAGGUUCGAUGACGUCGUUUCCUCAACAUCUUUCUCCCUCGGCGCAACAUUUGUUGCUUCGGCAUGCUGAUGCCAUACCCACGUUGAUUUCUCUCGUUUCGAGUCCGAAUCGUGAAGUCUACGAGCAAGCUUUAUGGAUAUUGGGUAGCAUUGCUGUCGGAGACUCUGCUGGCUCAAAUUCUUCAGCUGGCAAUACAGGAGCUUCUGGUCUAGAGGGAGGUCGGGACAAAGCUGUGUUUGCGCGCGAUGUCAUUCUUGCAGCUGGGGCAAUGAAUCAAUUGAUACGGUGUCUCGAAGCACACCCAGAAAACCUCUCAUUGCAUCGAAUUGGAAGUUGGACAAUGUCGAAUCUUGUCGAAGGUUUGUUUCAACAACCAAGUCAAGGUAAGAAUGGGAACAAAUCCAGUGACUAUUGUAGUCGAGACGAGAUUGAGAUCCAUUCUCUGCUGCCACUGCUACGUCGCCUUUUGCACAUGGCUGACUCCGAAGUUUUAAGCUACACCUGCUGGACACUCUCACAUCUUUGCGAUGGGCCAUCAUCGCAUAUUGCGGAGGUGGUCACGAGCAAGGAUUCCAAUUCACCCAAAGGCGGCCUCGUGCCUCGUCUUGUCGAACUCUUGCUGCAUCCGAGUUGGAGAGUGACAAAACCGGCCCUCAGGACAAUUGGGAACAUCGUUUGUGCGGAAUGUGGCGAUGACAAUAAUAGCCACAGCACGACAACAGACUACACCGAGGUCAUUUUAGAAUGCAAUGCCGUCCCGCGGUUGAAAGAUUUGGUGACCCACGGCAAUAGAGAAAUCCAGAAGGAGGCCUGUUGGACGUUGUCGAACAUUGCUGCUGGAACCGUCGAUCAGAUCAACGCUGUUAUUCAGUCAGGCGCAAUAAAACCGUUAGUUGAGCUAGUACAGGGUGAGAACACAGACCAAGAGGUUCGAUCGGAAGCCUGCUGGGUCGUCUUGAAUGCAACAAGCUGUGGCAGCGAUGCGCAAAUAGAAAUUUUAGUUGACGAAGGUUGCGUGUCUGUUUUGGGCGUGCUUUUGUCUGAAGCCAGUAUGGUCAUGAUGGCGUUGGAGGGUCUGGAAAGGGUCCUUCAAGUGGAGGAGACCCGAGAAAUGAUGCGAACUUCUGCGAAGAGUGAAGAGCUUUGGGCUGCGACAGAGGAGAAAACCGAAAACAAAAAAACUUCCUCAAAGAAGAAGAAUCGCAAGAAGAAAGAGAAACAGAAGCUAAAGAAAGCGAAACAAGAUGCCGUUCUUCCUACUGGUUCCAAGAAAGACUCUGAAGUCUCAACAGAAGCAUCAUUAGCAGAUGAAACAUCAAAAAAUCAAGAUGAAAAGGAAGAUGGUGGGCGAGAGCAAGAAACGCAAGCGGAAGAAAAUGUCGAAGUAGCAUCGAGCUCCAAACCUUCGGGCCUGACAUCAAAGCCUUCAGGCGAUGCCGAGAUGCUCCAAGGACAUCAGCCUGCGAUCGAUUUUGUACUCUACUUACAGCAAACUGGAAGUAUCAUUGCGCUGGCAAAAUUAAUGGACGCACUGGAUUAUGGAGAGCAUUAUGCUGAAAUGGCUCAAAUCAUUGCAAUCGGAGAAGGUUGGGAGCAUGAUACAAAGGACAAAGUACCGCCAUCUUGCGGUAACAGCACUUCAUCAUCUAUUGAAGCGCUCUAUCAAAAGGGAGGUAGUUUUUCAGGGUGUUUUUUCCUGGUCGAACGCAAAAUUUUAGAGAGGUAUUAUAAUUAUAUCUACACUUGA